UAAACACUUCACUGAAAACGAAAACAGAAAACAGCGUGAACAGUAAUGGCAAUGGAAGAAAAAGGGAUUUGUUACUGUGGCGAAAAGAAUAUUGAAGCAGACAUUCCAACACUUGUUUGUGCUCGGUGUCGUGGAAACUUUCAUUUAGAGUGCCUGAAAUCAGGUUCCCCCUCUUCACUUGUCGGAGAUGUAUUCUUUGAUUUCACAUGUGCAAAAUGUGGAGAAAAACAUGAAGAAGUGGUGGAAAGGAUGAAAAUGCAAUGGACACAGGUGGUACUGCUGGCUCUCUAUAACCUACAGCUGAGUGGUAAAGUGGGGAAAUUUGGCUACUACAGAUGGAAGGAACAUAUCUGUGCCUUCAUUGACAAGUAUUGGCUGGUUCUUUUUGGGAAUCACAGGAAGAAGACAAACUUGUGGCAUGGUACAGUGGCUGGUACACUGUCUUCGGGAUGUCCUCAUCACUUUGUAUCAGGAGCCAAGGAGCUAGGGGAGUCUGGCUGGUGGAGGCUCGCAGAGAUAAAACCUCCUAAUCACAAACUAAUGACCUCCUCCAGCAGGACAGGACGACGGCGUGUUAGUCAUCCUCUUCCUCCACAGGACCCUGGCACUAUGAUGAAGGUCGAAGGACUCCGAAAUAGGAGAGGCAAAACUUCGAUUGAGGCUGCAAUGGAGUUAAAGGCCAAGAGAGAAACACUGUUGGAGGCAAAGGAAAUCAGGAAGGCUAAACAAUCCCCAAUACAGAGCCAUGCUGGUCACCUGAUCCAUGUGGAUAUCAAACAGGAACUGGGGGAAGUGUCUGGGAAAUUCAUCCCUCUGGAAAGCACUCUGGGAAUGCUGACACCUACAGGGCCUGUGGCUGGCCAGAGUUUCCAGUCAGUCUUUACCCAAAACAUUAAACAAGAACCUAUUGAACCAAGCUUUUUUUCAACACAGAGGUCAGGUUCAUCACAAAGUCAGAGUUCUUUUACAUUCUCUCCUGGAUCAUCUCAAGUGUCAAACCUUUCAAUGACCCAGAGUACUAGUCUGAGUAACAUAUCUUCAUCUGGAUCAGUCAGUGGGUCGUUCAAGGGAGAUAUUGACGAAGAUAGCCAAUUCUCUCACAGCAGUAGCAAGAAUGACAUGUGGUUGACUGAGCAUGAUCUCAAGGCUGAUUCCAGUCUCCCCAAUUUGUUGAUGACGGAUGACAUGGAUAAUGUGGACUCGGACAGUGACCUUGAGAUUGAUCCUGGCACGAUAACUCCACCUCCUGGGUCACCAUCUGAUCAGAUUCAACCAGAUUCACCUACGAUCCAGGAUAUCCUCAUGUCUAUAGGCUCCAGAGACGAUAUGAGUCUGGACAUGGAUUCUAAUAUCUUUGGAAAUCAAUCUGAAGAUUCUCUCAGUUGUCAAGGAUAUAAAGAAGAUAUUUCAAACAGUAGCCAUAGCAAUAAAGAAGUAGAAUCUGAGGAAAGUCGGGGAGUGAGCCAACAGGAAGUGAUGAGUGAUACAAACAUGGACAUACAUAGUGGUCAGUUAGAUAACACUAAUACAGGAGUAGUCAAGGAGGAUGAGGAUCAAUCUGUAGUGGACUCUGAAAGUGAAAAGGAAAGUGAAAGUGAAAGUAGCUCUUCUGAAGGUUCUGAUUCAGCAACAGCUGUACAAAGUGAAAGUAGACCAAAACGAAAGCGGAAAAAGGCAAAGGCGGUUGAUGAAACAAAAGAGGAAGAGACUUCACCUCCUAUAAAGGUAGUACUGAUGAGUUUGUAUGAGGAGCGACAAUUGCUGAAGAAAAUUAACAAUGUGGCAGAUGGAGUUGAGCUUGCACCAGAACUGAAGAGACUGCGACGCAAGCUUAUAGUCAGACAGCUGAAGCGUGAAAGAGGUGUGCCUAUAUUUGAUAUUGACAUGGAGAUGAAUAGACUAGCUCGAACAUGCUGGGGUGGAGACUGGGAGGAACAAAAAGAUCUGAACCAGCAUGGUUUGGCACCACACAGACUACGACCAGGGGAUGUCAGGAUACUGGACAGAUUCCAGACUACAGUCCAAGGGCGUCAAGCAUGGCAGCAGCAACAACCAUCUUUUCUCAACCGCCUGGUGGGUACAGAGGAUGACCAGCUACAGUGCAUCAGUAGUCCAUAUACUGCCAGAAUUCUCAAGCCAUUCAUCCGCCGUGACUAUGAAUCUCAACCCCUCAAGAUGAGACUACUGGAGGAAAUUAAAGCAUACCCACACAGACAUGACAAGACAUGGAAGCCUGCCCCACCUCCCUCUAUAGACUAUUGCUAUGUGAGACCCCAACAUAUUCCCUCUGUCAAUACUCUUUGUCGAGAAUUCUUCUGGCCAGGCAUUGACUUGUCUGAGUGUUUACAGUAUCCAGAUUUCAGCUGUGUUGUGUUGUUCAGGAAAAUUGUGAUUGGAUUUGCAUUCAUGGUGCCUGAUGUAAAGUACAAUGAAGCGUAUAUAUCAUUUCUCUUUACCCACCCCGAGUGGAGACGGGCUGGCAUUGCCAAAUUUAUGCUUUAUCAUCUCAUACAGACAUGUCUGGGUAAGGAUGUCAACCUACAUGUGUCUGCCACCAACUCAGCCAUGUUACUCUACCAACAUUAUGGAUUCAAACCUGAGGAGUUUAUACUGGACUUUUAUGAUAAAUAUUACCCUGAAGAUUCAAGGGAGUGUAAACAUGCCUUCUACCUUAGACUGAGGAGAUAGUAGAGACUCAGACACGUAGUAAACUACCUCACACACAGGGGGUACGGUAUGUAUUAGAGGGUGAUACCCCACUACAUAGACCUCACACACAGGGGGUACAGUAUGUAUUAGAGGGCGAUACCCCACUGCAUAGACCUCACACACAGGGGGUACAGUAUGUAUUAGAGGGCGAUACCCCACUGCAUAGACCUCACACACAGGGGGUACAGUAUGUAUUAGAGGGCGAUACCCCACUGCAUAGACCUCACACACAGGGGGUACAGUAUGUAUUAGAGGGCGAUACCCCACUACAUAGACCUCACACACAGGGGGUACAGUAUGUAUUAGAGGGCGAUACCCCACUGCAUAGACCUCACACACAGGGGGUACAGUAUGUAUUAGAGGGCGAUACCCCACUGCAUAGACCUCACACACAGGGGGUACAGUAUGUAUUAGAGGGCGAUUCCCCACUACAUAGACCUCACACACAGGGGGUACAGUAUGUAUUAGAGGGUGAUGACCUCACACACAGGGGUACAGUAUGUGUUAGAGGGCGAUACCCCACAACAUAGACCUCACACACAGGGGGUACAGUAUGUAUUAGAGGGUGAUACCCCACUACAUAGACCUCACACACAGGGGGUACAGUAUGUAUUAGAGGGUGAUGACCUCACACACAGGGGUACAGUAUGUAUUAGAGGGUGAUGACCCCACUACAUAGACCUCACACACAGGGGGUACAGUAUGUAUUAGAGGGUGAUACCCCACUAGAUAGACCUCACACACAGGGGGUACAGUAUGUAUUAGAGGGUGAUGACCUCACACACAGGGGGUACAGUAUGUAUUAGAGGGCGAUACCCCACUACAUAGACCUCACACACAGGGGGUACAGUAUGUAUUAGAGGGUGAUGCCCCACUACAUAAUCCUCACACACUACAUAGACCUCACACACAGGGGGUACAGUAUGUAUUAGGGCGAUACCCCACUACAUAGACCUCACACACAGGAAGUACAGUAUGUGUUAGAGGGUGAUGACCUCACACACAGGAGGAACAGUAUGUAUUAGAGGGUGAUACCCCACUACACAGACCUCACACACAGGAGGUACAGUAUGUAUUAGAAGGUGAUGACCCCACUACACAGACCUCACACACAGGGGGUACAGUAUGUAUUAGAGGGUGAAACCCCACUACAUAGACCUCACACACAGGGGGUACAGUAUGUAUUAGAGGGCGAUACCCCACUACAUAGACCUCACACACAGG